AUGGGGCGCCACUUGAAAGUUUCAAACUCUGAUAAACCCCGUGGCCCUGUUAGUGUCCUCAUUUAUUUGGAAACAUACAUUCCAGAUCGAAUUGGACUUAGCUUUGGAAACGGAAGUAUUAGAGAACCCCUCAGUAGGUAAAGGAAUCAAGAGACUAAACCCAUAAAUAGCGUCGACGCUGCGACUCCAAACAAGGGUACAUUACUGGGAGGCGGGUGCUUUUUCACUGCUGGUUAUCAAAGUCACUGAGAGCAAGUACUGAACACCAUAGAUAAGGAAGUCAUUUUUACUGUUUAUAAUUGGAUUGCUUUUGCUAGAAAUAAAAUUGAUGUCCCACUUGCAAAACCGCUGAUAAGAACUCGACGUAUGAUAUUACCAAGAGAACUCAGAGCGAUAAAUACAGAAAAACGGGUUCCUCUAAUACCAAAGAAUAGUUCAAAAUAUUACCCCCGGGAUUGUCGUUAAUGACCAUGAAAAAUUACCCCUCGUAUGGUAAGAGUUUCACAUUAGCGAAGACCCAAGUAAAGGAGUGGAUUUCAUCUUAGUGGAGACCCAAGUAAAGGAGUGGAUUUCACCUUAGUGGAGACCCAUCAAAAGAACUGGUUUCAUCUUAGUGGAGACCCAAGUAAAGGAGUGGAUUUCACCUUAGUGGAGACCCAACAAAGGAGUGGGUUUCAUUUUAGUAGAGACCCAAGUAAAGGAGUAGAGUUGACCUAAGUGGAGACCCAUCAAAAGAGUGGGUUUCGUUAUAGUGGAGACCCAAGUAAAGACGUGGAUUUCACCUUAGUGGAGACCCAUCAAAAGAAUUGGUUUCAUCUUAGUGGAGACCCAAGUAAAGGAGUGGAUUUCACCUUAGUGGAGACCCAACAAAGGAGUGGGUUUCAUUUUAGUAGAGACCCAAGUAAAGGAGUAGAGUUGACCUAAGUGGAGACCCAUCAAAAGAGUGGGUUUCGUUAUUGUGGAGACCCAAGUAAAGAUGUGGAUUUCACCUUAGUGGAGACCCAUCAAAAGAGUGGGUUUCAUCUUAGUGAAGACCCAAGUAAAGGAGUGGAUUUCACCUUAGUGGAGACCCAUCAAAAGGGUUGGUUUCAUCUUAGUGGCGGACCAAGUAAAGGAGUGGAUUUCACCUUAGUGGAGACCCAUCAAAAGAGUGGGUUUCAUCUUAGUGGAGACCCAAUUAAAGGAUUGGACUUCACCUUAGUGGAAUUCCAUCAAAAUCAAAAGAAUGGGUUUCAUCUUACUUGAGACCUACGUAACGGAGUAGGUUUCAUCUUAAUGAAGACGCAAGUAAUGUACUGGGUUUAAUCUCAGUGCAGACCCAUGCAAAGGAGUGGGUUUCAUCUUAG